AUGGGCCCUGAUAUAUUCACGGAUGUAUUCGGUGUUCCAUCGCAGAAAGCCGACCUACAGGACCACCUUACCAAAGCUACAGACGACGUGUACCGGCUGAUCCCCGACGCCGACUAUCGCGGUCUCGGCGUGAUCGACUGGGAGUUCUGGAGACCGCUGUGGCGGAGGAACUGGGGGUCAAAGAACAUCUACCGCGCAAGGUCAGAAGAACUCGUCAAACAAAAGUUGCCGUAUGCUAGCGGGGCGGAAGUGACGUCACAAGCAAGAGAUGAGUUUGAGGGGUCAGCGAGGGUGUGGAUGGGGGAAACCUUGAACCUGGUUAAGUCGUUACGCCCGGGGGGCUUCUGGGGGUUUUACUUGUUCCCGGAAUGUUAUAAUUUUCCAAACAUAAAUAGGCUUCAAGAGGACCCCAGCUAUGACUGUCGGAAGAGAGUAAAAUCCGACAAUGACGAACUUCAAUGGCUGUGGGAGGGGAGCUCGGCCUUAUACCCUUCAAUAUACCUGUCCAACGUGCUGAAAACACUGCCCAGUUCCGAGCAGUACAUUCGUGGCCGAGUGGCCGAGACUUUCCGAGUCAUGCUCGCUCGGCAAAGUUCGGAUAUCCCCGUCUACCCUUACGCGUGGCUUCGGUAUCGGGAGUCAGUGGAGUACCUUACGGAAACUGACCUGGCCUCGUCCAUACAAGAGCCAGCUGGACAGGGCGCGGCUGGGGUGGUCAUCUGGGGCGCCUGGGAAGACGUCAACAAAAAGGAGAAUUGUUUAAUACUUCGCGAUUAUGUGACAUCAACGUUCGGACCGUUCGCUAAGGAUAUGGUAAAACGGGCUGCUGACUGUAGCAGGAGAGAGUGUAAUAACCACGGAAGAUGUGUGACUAACUACGAGAGGACGUCGAUGGAUCAGUCACCGGAGGAAUGUCGACUGGAGGAGGGGGCUUCAUCAGUUUUUCAGCUCGAGCAAAGUCCUGUUGACACAACACAGCCCAUAUCAGAAGAUGCAUUCUCGCUUCGAGACAGGCUGCAGUACCUGCCCGGCCGGCAGGGGACGUCGUGCCGCUGCUACCAGGGUUGGACAGGAGAGAGAUGCAGUGUUGGAACUCAUGAAGAGUUAUGAGUGGGAUUUGAUAAUAAAUAAAUAAACAAAGCAAAUACAUAAACAACUAGAAAUCGACAA